AUGCAAACAUCAAAAGCCAGCUUGUUAGAAACAGACUAUAUGAUAGAUACUGCAUCUGUGAAAGAUGUGUUAUUUGUCCUUACGGAAAAACAGGCGACUGCGCAAAAAUGGGGGCAAUAUGAGAUUGAGUGCUUGAUAUGCAAUGUAACUUACAUUGGGGAGACCGGUAGGAAUGCUGGAGUGAGGAUUAAUGAAGACAUGGCAGGAAAACGACGGAGAAGUUUGAUAACACCUCUAGGAAGGCACAGAAAUGAGGCCCACAACGGAAACGAUUACGAUGUGAAAUGCGUUAUACUGGCUCAUGAAACAGAAAUAUCGGCAAGAAAGAUGUUGGAGGCGUUUUAG